GCACUAUAAAUUUAUUUAUUGUUCGGAUUUAAUCUGUGGAGUCAACAAUGACGCCGCCUCCAACUCCGACAAUUCAAAUACCCCAACUUUCUCCAUAACCACAAUUCGUCUCUCAGAACAAAACCCUUCAGCAAGAAGAUCUACCUUUACAUGCCCACCGAAAACCCCAGUUCCACCAUGGCCCUCGCCCUCAAAGGGCCGAUCCAUUUCGGUCCAUUCGUUGUCACAUCCCAGGUCUUCCAUAUAACCCCCCUCUCCUUCGCCCUCGUCAACCUCAAACCCAUCUUGCCAGGCCACGUCCUCAUCUCCCCGCGCCGCGUCGUCCCCCGCGUCUCAGACCUUACCCCCUCCGAAACAACCGAUCUCUUCCUGGCCGUCCGCCGCGUAGGACGAAUGGUCGAGCGCGUCUAUGGCGCAAGUAGUUUGAACAUUGCGGUGCAGGACGGGGUAGAGGCGGGACAGAGCGUGCCACAUGUGCAUGCUCAUAUCAUUCCGAGGAAGAAGGCGGAUCUGGAUGCGAAGGGAGGUACAGAUGCGGUUUAUGAUAUGCUAGAUGGGGAGGAGGGGGAUUUGGGGGCACAUUAUCGGCUGCGGGAUGGUGGGAGGAGGACGAGGUUUCCUGCGGUUGAUAAUGAGGAGAGGAGGCCGAGGGGUUUGAAGGAGAUGGAGGAUGAAGCGAGAAUGUUGGCUAAGGAGAUGGAGAUGGAGCCAGUUGAUUGACUGAUUCCUGUUGUUUAUGUAUAGGGUUUGUAGAGUGAUAGAUGGGUUGACUCAUUUGUUUAUGCCUUGUUUUCGAUACCUUUUUCUUUUUUUGCGGAUUCUAUCCUGGUUAGUGAUUGACUCUUUACACUUUCCACUUGCAAUGUGUAUGUGACAAGACUCAUCGAUCGCCCGAU